GGACGGAGGCUAGUUAGCGUUAGCUGUCAGCCGGGUUCAGUCGUUGUGCAGGAUGGAGCUGACACGCAGAAAUUACAAGGGCUGCCUGAAGACGUUGUACAGCGCCAUAGAGGAGGCGGACUUCCUGGCCAUCGAUGGCGAGUUUUCAGGGAUAAGCGACGGUCCCAAUGUCAGUGCGCUGACUAACGGACUGGACACCCCGGAGGAGCGGUACACCAAGCUCAAAAAGCACUCCAUGGACUUUCUGCUGUUCCAGUUUGGAUUAUGCGCAUUCAAGUACGACCAGGCAAAAUCAAAGUAUAUCAUAAAGCCUUUUAAUUUCUAUGUAUUCCCGAAACCAUUCAACAGGACGUCUCCCGACAUCAAGUUCAUCUGUCAAAGUUCCAGCAUCGACUUCCUGGCCAGUCAGGGAUUUGACUUCAACAAGGUGUUCUGUGAUGGAAUCCCAUACCUGAACCAAGAGGAGGAGGCCCAGCUGAGGGAGCAGACAGAGGAGAGGAGGAACCAACAAGCGAACGGCCUCGGGACCCCGUCCUUCAUCUCCCCAUCGUCCAAAGGCCCGGCACACGUACCCGAAGAACAUAAAGACUUCAUCAACAGGGUGAUAGAGAAAGUUGAGGCCCUCUUCACUAACUCGGAGAAGACUGUUAACUUGGAGCCGUGCACAGGGUUUCAGAGAAAGCUGAUCUACCAGACCCUGAACUGGAAGUUUCCCAAGGGGCUUCAUGUGGAAACCGUGGAAACAGAAAAGAAGGAGCGAUUCAUGCAGAUCUGCAGAGUAGAUGACGAGGAGAGGAAAAGGAGGGAGCAGCAGAAACUGGAGAGGGAGCAGGAGGAGCUAAAUGAUGCGGUUGGAUUCUCCAGGGUCAUCCACGCCAUCUCUAAAUCUGGUAAACUCGUGGUCGGCCACAACAUGCUCCUGGAUGUGAUGCACACCAUCCACCAGUUCUACUGCCCUCUUCCAGAGGAUCUUCAAGACUUUAAAGAGGUCACGAUGUGCGUGUUCCCAAGACUAAUGGACACAAAGCUGAUGGCUUCUACUCAGCCUUUUAAGGACCUGAUCACUAACACCUCUCUGGCAGAGCUGGAGAAGCAGCUGAAGCAGACUCCCUUCAAGUCCCCACAAGUUGAAACCGCAGAGGGGUACCCCAGUUACGACACAGCCCAGGAGCAGCUCCACGAGGCGGGGUACGAUGCCUACAUCACUGGCCUCUGUUUCGUCUCCAUGGCCAACUACCUGGGCUCUUUCUUGACUCCACCCAAACCUUUCAUUUCACCCCGAUCCAAACUCAUUGAGCCAUUCCACAACAAGCUGUUCCUGAUGAGGAUCAUAGAUAUUCCCUACCUCAACAUCACAGGACCAGAUUUGCAGCCCAAAAGAGACCAUGUCCUCCAUGUCGCAUUCCCAAAAGAAUGGAAGACUAGUGACCUCUACCAGCUCUUUAGUGCCUUUGGGAAUAUCCAGGUUUCAUGGAUUAAUGACACAUCAGCGUUUGUGUCCCUGAGUCAAACGGACCAGGUACAGAUAGCCAUGAACACCAGUCGCUAUGCAGAGAGCUACAGGAUCCAGACGUACGCCGAGUACAUCCAGGGAAGGGACAAGGACAAGGAGAAGGUCAAGCAAAGCAGCAAAUCCUGGGGCGAGGACGGCUGGGUGAAACACCACUAUACCUCAUCCACUACCAGUGGUUUUGGAUAUUCCAGGGGUUUGAGGAAACGCAGCAUCAGUCCGGUUCAUGGAGAGCAGGGGAUCGGAGAACUUGUUAUUACAGACGGCUGGAGUCAGUACUCGUACCCGGAUAGCAUGGGCAGCAAGAAGAUGAAAACUGAUGAUGCAAGUGGACAAGCAAACACUGACGCUGUGGAGAGCAAGACCUCAGAGGGCUGGCUGAAGACGACAGAUACAUCAGAUUUAGCCGGGUUGAGUCUUCUUCCUGAUGAGGACGAGCAGCAGGACGAGGAGGGAAGUCCUGAGGGCACAGAUCCAGUCAGUGAUGCUGAAGGGACAGUCACCUGGCAACAAGCCCCGGCGGCUAAUGCCAGGAAAGGUCAAAAGAACAAGAAACAGAAAGCUGAAGCCGCUGAGUCUUCCACUUCGCUGUUUGACGUCCCAGAUGUCUGGUAGCGAGCAGAGAGGAGCGGCCACGUUCCAGCACUGAGCUCCUCCUCAGUCUUCUCCUAAGCACUUGAGUCGCCCUCCUGGGAGCGGCCCUAAAUUCAUUUGUUCACUCAGAAGCUGCGGAUACCGGUUCCAAAGCCACCAGCCAAUCAUGAUUUGACUGGACUAUUUAAAAGAGAAAACACAAGCCAUAACGACAGCUGCCAUAUUUUGAUCCAACACCAGAGGAGCAGGCGAUUCUUCUGGAUAAACACACAAAUAAACCACAACAUCUUUAAAAAGCUUAAAAACAGAAAUGCUCCUUUGUCCUCCGCUCAGUCCAGAGAGCAGCCACAGCCGAAUGUUCACUUUGGAUUCAUUCAUCAGUUUUAACGACGAAUCACCUCUAUUCAGUCUUAUGUUUUGGGAGCGCGAGUUGUGUGCGUGAGUUUGUGCACUUGAGGGAGAUGUUAUUGUCUGUGUCCCUGUGAAUACAUUUCUUUAAUUGAAAGAUAAAAUACCACUUGACAUGUCCUGUAGUUUACAAUGUCGGGUUUGUCUAGUAUUUUAAUGCAGUAAAAUAUUAUUUUCCCCCUUUUUAAAAAUAGAAAAAUGUAACUUGUCAACCUCCCAGUUUUUAUCACACCUGUUUAAGCUUCUCAAUGAUAAUGUGAUAUUUAUUAUUGGUGGCAGUUCGACCCCCUCAUGAGGUGCUUGUUUUGUACAGAUUUGUUUUUCUUUACCUUUUUUUUGUGUUGAAUGUUUUGUAAACGUGUCAAUUUGCAACAAUGUCUGUAAGUAUGUUCUAAUGCAAAAGGUGUAAACGUUAAAGAGACGUUUGCAUUUUUGUAUAAGUUUAAAAAUCCUUAAAUAUUUCCUUGGAAAGGGGAAAAAAUAAAAAAUGUUUCUUAGAA